AUGGCUGAACCCGCCAAAGCAAUCCACGCAACACUCAUCCACUCCCUCUCCCCCACGCACCUCGAGAUCCUCCCCAAUGCCCUCCUCACCAUCUCCUCCUCCGGCACGAUCCUCUCUCUCCAGCCCAACGUCCCCCUUUCAGACGUCCCCAACAUCCUCGCCCAGCAAAACAUCCAACACAUCCCCCUCGCAGGCCUCUCCCACGGCCAAUUCCUCAUCCCGGGCUUCAUCGACACGCACAACCACGCGCCGCAAUGGAUGCAGCGCGGCCUCGGCCAGGGAAUGCACAUCCUCGACUGGCUCGACGGCAUCACCUUCCCCAACGAGGCAAAGUUCGCGGACCCGGCUCACGCGGAAACGGUGUACGAGAAGCUCGUCAGGGGCAUGCUCCGCCAGGGCGUCACGACGGCGUCGUACUACGGCUCUCUCCACGGGGAGGCGACCCGCGUGCUGGCGUCGACGUGCUUGAGGGCCGGGCAGAGGGCGCUGAUAGGCAAGUGCAACAUGGACCGGAAUUCGCCAUCGUUUUACUGCGAGGCGUCUGCUGAGGAGUCGGUUGCCGCGACGAGGGAGUGUAUCCGGCACAUCAAGAGCAUUGAUCCAGCGGGCGAUUGUAUAAGACCCGUGUUGACGCCUCGGUUUGCGAUAUCCUGCACUGGGGAGCUGCUCAAGUCGUUGGGGGACAUGGCGCGCGAAGACGAUUCGUUGGCUAUACAGACGCACUUCAACGAGGCUGCGCAGGAAAUCAACGCGACGCUAUCUCUCUUUCCCGACUUUUCCAACGAGGCGGAUCUGUAUUCCUCCUUUGGGCUCCUCACGCGAAGGAGCAUCCUGGCGCAUUGUACAAUCAUGACGGAGUAUGAGGUGCAGAAGCUGCGCGAGCUGGGAUGCGGCAUUGCGCAUUGUCCGACGGCGAACAUGACUGUUGGGGGGGGCUUCAUGGCUGCGCCCGUGAAGGAGUUUCUGCGGAGGGGGAUGAGUGUGGGCUUGGGGACGGAUUCUGGGGGCGGGUAUAGCUCGAGCAUGGUGAAUGCCAUGAGGCAUGCUCUUGUUACUUCCUAUGCCCGAGACGCGCUGUAUCCAAACAGCAAGAAGGCGGGGGAGGCGCUGAGUUUGGAGGAGGUGUUUUACAUGGCGACGAGGGGCGGCGCGAAGGUCGUUGGUUUCGAGGAGCGAGUGGGCCGGUUUGGGGUGGGCUUGGAGUUUGACGCUUUGGUGGUUGAUUUGAGGGACGAGCGUGGUGGUGUUAAUGUUCCGCUGGAUGGGGGGGAUGCGCCGGAGAGGAUGUUGGAGAAGUUUGUCAUGACGGGGGAUGACAGGAAUAUUGCGAGGGUGUAUGUGAAGGGGAGGGUUGUCCAUGGGGAGGAGUAG